CACACUGUUGGCCAACUUUAAUUAAAGUUUUUAGCACAACAAAGAGAGAGGCAAUAAAGGCAGUUAAAAAUAUGGGCGAAACGGCAUUGGCGACGCAGACCGGGGACUCGGCCUACUGUUUCGAUAUCCUCAGCGUGUCCACGCUCUUUGAGAACAGCCUGAUCGGGGAAGAUGACGUCCAAAUGGACGCCUACUUAACUGCCUACGAGGAAAUCAUGAAGUUCUUCCAGCUGAUGGGCAGUGUCUUCAGCUUUGUGAGCAGCGAUGUACGCAGCAAGAUAGAUAUUUUGUAUACCCUGAGGGCCACGGACACGCAGGAUGUUCGGCAUUUUGAGACCUUUAAGACCAUGCUGGAGUAUGAAAAGGAGGAGCAACUGCUGACAAAAAAGGGCUACGUGUCCGGGAGUCGUACGCUUCUCCGUCUACAUCGCGGGCUAGACUUUGUCUACGAGUUUCUCCAUCGCGUUCAGGAGCUAGAAGACGACCAAAAGACGGUGGACGUGUGCAAGACCGCCUACGACGACACCCUGGGCAAGCAUCACUCUUUCCUAAUACGUAAAGGCGCCCGUUUGGCCAUGUACGCGAUGCCCACUAGGGGAGACCUUCUCAAGCGGGUCUGCCGCGAUGUGGAGCUGGCCAAGGAGAACCUGCCAUCAAUGCUAAAAAAUAUGCGCAUUAACUACGACCGUACGGAAAAGCUCUACACUCACCACGACUUGCACAGUCUGCCUUAGAAUCUAUGGAAAUGCCUGGGAUACAGUCACAAGAUGUGAUAAAGUGAUAGAUAAUGCAUACAAAUCAAUCAGUUUUAGCUUUUAAAUAUGAUAUUCUACAUUUAAGCGAGUACUCUGCCUUUUAAGAUAUAUAUCAACGACGAAUAAGCACCAAUCAGCCUCAUAUAUUUGUGUCCUUUUGUCCUCCCAAAUUGUAUGUUCUCGACCUUUAGCACUUUAUCACAGCUUGUGAUUACUCUAAAUCUAGUUAAUAUAGCAGAAAUAAUCCGUGUUGAGAUUGUAACUACAAGUAUUUAUGUUUUAUGGCUGCUUUAGGUUUAAUAUCUUCAUUCCGUGCAAUGUUAUCCCCAAAUAGGAAUCCCACUGCCCCAAAGAGUAAUUAAAACACCAUAAAAGCUUUA